AGCUUCAAGGUUUUGUUUGCAACGUAUCAUGCCCGCUGCUCAGAAGUCUGCCAAGAAGGCUGCGCCGAAGGACGCGAAGGCGACCAAGGUGGUGAAGGUGUCCACCCGCAAGGCGUACACUCGUCCGCAGUUCCGCCGCCCGCACACCUACCGCAAGCCUGCGACUGCCAAGCCGAGCAACCGCGUGACCGUGGAGUCGAAGGACAUCGCUGCGUUCAACGUGAUCCGCUACCCGCUGACGACGGACAAGGCGAUGAAGAAGAUCGAGGAGAACAACACCCUGACCUUCAUUGUUGACGCCCGCGCCAACAAGACUGAGAUCAAGAAGGCGAUCCGUAAGCUCUACCAGGUCAAGGCUGUGAAGGUCAACACCCUGAUCCGCCCCGAUGGCCUGAAGAAGGCGUACAUUCGCCUGUCUGCGGCCCACGACGCCCUCGACACUGCCAACAAGAUCGGUCUCGUUUAA